UAAUUAUGUUUGCAUCGCCAAUAAAGCCAAUUUGUACAAAGGCUUGUUUAUUGCGGGACCACCUUGCUACGAAACAUGGAAAAAAGUGACAAUCCGAACUUUGUGUGAACCUUUACAAAGAACAAGAUAUUAAUAUGAUUUUAAAAUUUUUACAUUAAGGAAGUGCCCUUUUUUUUUUAAUUUCGCGGAGAAAUUAAAGUACAAAAAAAAAAGAAAAAAGAAAGAAAAAAAAAGCAAAAGAAAAUUCAAAAUGACUACAAAGGAGAAGGGAGAUGUAGAAAUUAUAGAGUUUGAGACUGAUUCUGAAAUUUCCAAGAGGAAGCUUUCCGUAAAGUUUGUGAUAAAGGCUAUUUUAGUGCGGCUAUUACUGAUUACACACAGUAUCGUGACAAUCUGGCGGACGGCGGACGUGCUGGACAACAACUACUACUGGUGUCUUGCCAGCACUAACGUUCUACUGGUCAUCGACGCCCUGUACACCGUCAUCAGACUCAAAGGACAGGAACGAAAAUGGUUCUGUCCCUGUUUCCUGUUUUACCUGGUCAGUGUCGUACCUGCCUUGUGGUUACUGGAGAUUGAUCGGGUCAACAAGUACGACGAUCUGAUCAACAAUGACAACAUCACCGACAACGUCCAGGAGCUGUCGCAAAUUCAAGGGGUCACUAUCCCCGUUAAACUAGACCCUGACACGUGGAGGGAGGUCCUGGAACAGUCCAUGCUCUUCAUCUUGAUAAUAGGAAGGUGGAUGCUUCCCAGGGGAACUCUAACACGUGAUCAACUCUCACAGCUUCUUUUUGUGUAUAUUGGUUCUGCCUCUGACGUCAUGGAACUCUUUGUCGUGUUCGAGGAGCCGGAAAUUCGCUCCGAUACAGUCCUGACGUAUAUUAUAUUUUCGGUUUGGACGUUAAGUCUUCUACAAUUUACACUAGUUCUAACAGCUACUCGGGACAGCAGACGAUCACAGGCGGUCAUUGAAGACGAUGGAAACGAAAAGUUCAAAAGAAGACAGGGAUGCGGGGUGUGUUCGUGUGGUAAACUCUUUGAACUUGAGAUCUGGAGUUUGAUGAUUUCUAUCUUGAUUAUGGACGGGCCAUUUUUGGCAGUAAGGGUGUAUGCUUUAGCCCGAUACCAAUUGAUUACCUUUGGUAUCCUGUUUUUUGUUUGCAAAAACUCACUUAUGAUUGCUCUUUUGUUCUAUCGGAUCGUUGUUGUUUGUCAUAAAAUUUAUUUUGAGGAGGAGGAGGAGGAAAAGGACAAUGUCAGCAGAAAAAACAACCGUGUAGGUGACGUACAGACUGUAAACAAUAGGAGAAGGACAAUCAUGAAGAAGGAAUCGGACCUAUCCACUCGCCCUAGCACCUCAACAACCAAAGUAACAAGUGUUGACGAAGUAUGGUAAGCCAUGCUCGUCAUCAAUCAAAGUUACAAGUCUUGACGAUGUAUGGUAAACCAUGCUAACAUGCCCAGCAGUAUUUAUAUUUGAAUGUGAAGUUAAUUUUUAGGUUUUUGCAAAA